AUACACUUCCGACACAGCAGCAAUAUGGUGCACAGAAAACUUACUGCGAGCGUGAAGUGCAGACUCUUCGACCUGGAGAAGACGGGUUCUAUGAUGAUGCGGUGAAUGGGAAAGGAAAGGGGAGGGGAGCUGGUGAACCGGAGCAGAAGUUUGCGAAGCAGUGGGACGCUGCGCUCAGUGCGUUUUUGAAGCGAGCUGGGAGUGGGAGCGUGAGAGGAUACCGGGUGCACUUCAGUCUUUUGUGGACGAUAUUUCGGAAUGUAUGAAAAACGUAGAUCCUGCAUUGCCGAAGAAAACCCUUGAAGAACGCAAACUAGAAUAUGUUCAAGUACAGGACGGCGUUGAAGCGCAGACACCUUCGUCGACGAUAAGAUCCAUUUCGAACCUGCUCAGGCAAUCUCGGAAGCGAAAUGACGCAUCAAAUCGUACAGAGUUCCUACAAUCCGUCGCAGAGAAGCGUCGUCGUCUUAACACAUUAGGAGAAUCCUCCUCCUCGGCUCCGGAUAAAGACCCUAAUAAUAUUCUUAGUCCCGAAGUCCAAGAAGGUGGUGUGAAUGAUAACAUGGACGUUGACGUAUCUCUUAGUUCUUGCGCUCGAGCGGACGCGAAAAGUCAAGAUCGAGACUUCCAGAUGAAGUAUGAUAUUGCCAAGAAUGAGGAUGGACCCUUGAAGAGGACGAUGAAGCGAGAGCAAGUUGAUAACGACUCUUCCGGAGUUAUUGUUUCUGCUACUCCGCAGUCUCGAAUAUCAAUGGAUCGCAAUGGGCACGAACCUACCGCAGGGAAGCAUCCGGAACUCGCGGGCCGCAUGGAGACUAUCGAGGAUCACCUUGGUGUUCGUUUCGUCCCAUCUCGUCCACGUUCGUUACAAGACCGUCUCAAGUUCUUAGAGGACUACGUCAUUCGACUCGAGAAGGACUAUCCGCCAUGGGCGGCUCUGCAUUUCA